GUAAGCAGAGUUGCUGUGAAGUUUAGACUGAGCUCUCUCUGCCUUUAAUCAGGAAAACCAAAACACAGUUGGAGCCUAGCAAAGCUAAACACUUCAGGAGACUUCCUCACUUCUUUGGAAAGGGGAUCCUGGAACAGUGGCAUCCAUAAAGAAGACACUUCUAUUUUUUUUAAUUAAUAUAACUGAUUUUUAGAGUGAAAUAGCAUAUUGGGGACAAAUUUAUUGGAAUGGGCAUGGUGACACUUUUUGCUCUCUGUACCAGCAUGGGACUCUGGUCCAGGAUAGCUCCAACAUCUGCCAGCUCUAUCCUGAUAUUGUUUCUUGUGAAACAGUAUUUUCACUCCCAGGCCAAAGGUUCUCUGCUGGAAAAAACCACUACUGGAUGGAACAAAUACAAACAGGAAUGCUUGAAAAUGCUGCAGGAAUCGUCUGUAGAUAGUGGAGUUCACUGCAAUGGGACAUUUGAUCAGUUUGUUUGCUGGCCUUACUCACCCCCAGGAAAUGUCUCUGUUCCUUGUCCUUCAUAUUUGCCAUGGCUGGAAAAUGGAAGUGUAGGACAUGUAUACAGAGUCUGCUUGGAUGAAGGGAUUUGGCAAACAAAGGAAAAUUCCACAGACAUUUGGCGGGAUAGUUCAGAAUGUUCUGAGAAAAAUCAUUUCCAAAAAAAUGAAGAAGAACAUAAACUGCUCACCACGUUACAGCUGUUGUACACCAUAGGAUAUUACUUUUCUCUCAUCUCACUGGUAUUAGCUCUGCUUAUACUUUCUUUACUCAGAAAACUUCACUGCACAAGAAACUACAUCCAUAUGAAUUUAUUUGCAUCCUUUAUCUUGCGUGCUGCAGCAGUUCUUAUCAAAGACUCUGUGUACAACAAUAUUUACUCAAAAAGACCAAAUGAUGAAAGUGGAUGGAUAUUAUACCUCAGUCCAGAGAUUGUAAUCAUUUGCAGGACUGCCCAGUUUUUCAUGCAUUACUUUGUUGGGGCAAAUUACUUCUGGCUGUUGGUGGAAGGGAUUUAUCUGCACACAUUGUUGAUAACUGUGGUGCUCUCUGAAAGAAGGCUGCUGCAGACAUACAUCGUGAUAGGAUGGGUUGUUCCAAUCCUGUUUGUGGGCCCAUGGGGAAUAAGCAGAUCCAAACUGGAGAACACUGGGUGCUGGGGAACAAAUGAACACAUGGGGAUCUGGUGGAUCAUCCGAGGCCCAAUGUUGUUUUCCAUUGCAGUUAAUUUUGGCAUCUUCUUAAAAAUUCUCAGAAUGCUGAUUUCCAAACUAAAAGCUCAGCAAAUGACCUUCCAUGAUUACAAAUACAGAUUGGCAAGAUCUACACUUGUGCUGAUUCCAUUGUUGGGGAUCCACGAAUUUGUGUUUACCUUCAUCACUGAUGAACAGGUGGAAGGACUUUCAAGACAUAUAAGACUUUUCAUUCAGCUGACAAUGAGCUCAUUUCAUGGUUUUUUGGUAGCAGUUCUCUAUUGCUUUGCUAACGGAGAGGUGAAAGCAGAGCUGCAGAAGCAAUGGUCCCGUUUCCUGCUGGCAGACCCCUUGGGCUGCAAGCUCUGCUUUCUAGGGGAAAACAUCAAAUACCUCAGGAAAUGUUCCCAGAAAAGGAAAAAGCAGCAUCUGGGCAGCAGGCAGCACUGCUGCCUGGAGGUGAGCAGGCCCUGGGAGCUGCAGCUGCACAAGGUGCUGGGCAGGCCGGGCGCAGAGGCCAAGGCCGGCCCUGCCCAGAUGAGCAUGUCCGACAGCAGCGAGGGAGAGGUCACCACCGGAGAGACCACCGAGGAAGUCUUUGAGGAAAGUGAAAUUUAGGCAGCUAAAUGCCCCUGGGACAGCGCCUGCCAGCAGCGGGGCUCGGGAAAAACAAGCGUUCAUCUCUCAGCUGCAGGCUGCGCAGGGCUCUGGGGUGUGCUUCAAGGACGAAGCAGUUGAUGGCCCAGGUGUUCCGGUUGUCUCGGGCUGAGAAAAAUGUUAUUUAUCUGGAGGUUGCUAAGCUGCGUGCCUGGGGAGAAGAGUUCUUCUGGAUGCAGCGUUUUUGCUUUCUGUAGCAUCCACAAGGAAGCAGGAUGAACUCUGGAAAACAGGCUCUGGAGACACUGAAGUUUGGUCAGCUUCAUCCAUACGUGACUGGCUUUGAGUCACGUCAUGAGAAGACAGUUUUUAUUUUUCAUGAGUGGUUCUUAAACAGAGAGACCUGUGGAAGACUCCUUCACAUACCCCAUCUCAAGAAAUCCACCCCAAUUUUAGAACAAACCAGACCAAACAUAUAUAUAUAUGUAUGUAUAUGUAGAUAUGUAGGAAUGUGCCCCCUGUUGACAGAGUGACCAAAUUAUCCUUUGUCUCCUUAAAAAGGAAAAAAAGCCCAGAAGUUUCUCUCCUCAAUCUGGCAAAAAGACACCUCAUAGGACCUUUGGGACUUUACCUCAAACUUAAGGAUAACCAAUUGGACAGAGGCCAAAAGGUCCCACCUAAGCAAUUCACUAGAAAAAGAAGAGAAUAAAGGAAAUAAUCACUUUUGUGAUGUGUUUUAUCAGGAGCAAGAACCUCUUGCCCUGGCUCAGCUUUUCUCUGUAAAGAGUUUUAUUUUGCCUUUUUAUUAAAACUUUUCUGUUUCCAACAGUACCACAGAAGCCAUCCUGCUGAUUUUAUGCCAUCUGAGCUAUCUCAGGUGUAAUACAGAUCUCCAAGAGCUCCUAAGACCUGGCUCAAGGAGACCACAAUAUCCUAUAUAUAUAUAUAUAUAUACAUCCCAAAAAACAAACUUGGGAAUAACCAAGCUUUUGCUUGCAUUUUUGAGCAUCUUCACUUAAAGUUUAGUGCUGGAAACAUCAUUAUGAGAUGGAAAGCCAAAAUACUUCCAUGGAAUGUGCCCAAAUGAAAUGUUCUGAUACAAUUUUUUUUACCUUUUUUUUUCCCCCCUUUUUUGACACAAGCCACUGUGACUUCUGGUUUGCCCUACAUGUGUCCUUAAUGACAAAACAGUGGGAAGUGCUGCUUCCACCUUCCUCCAGGGGACCCAAAAUGGAUAAAGACACGGGACUGUGACAGCACCAAGAGUAUUGUGAAAUCAUUCUUCUUCCAUUUAAAAAGAGCCAUGGUGAAGUUUCCUUUCUCACAUCCAAACUCAACCAGAGACCUAUGAAAUGCAAUCAAGUUUGUUAAUAUUCUAUGAUUCUCCUUAUAUAACUUACCAGUGCUUUUAUGAUUAUUUAUCAGGCUACAAAGGUUUAGCCAUGCAACCUGUGGCAUUAAUACUCCUUUAUUGCAAAGAACAGAUAAAUUCAUUAACUAGAACUAGUUCAAGAACCUUUUUCUGGCACUUUAAAAAAGUAUUUCUUUUACAGUUCUAUCUGUGUUAACCUAUUUAAUCAAUACCAAGUUGUAUAUUUCAGUGAUAUAUUAAUAAACUGUAAAUGUUUGAUCUAUUUUAAAAUAAUUUAUCUGCAGUUUUUAAAGGGGUUUUUUACUAGAAUGUGAAUUCUGCUUAUAUAGAAUUUUACUGCAAUGGAUUUCUUCAGCAGCCACUGGAAACACCAAACACCACACACACACACUUUGUGUCUUCCUCAAUUUAAAACAGACUGAUUUCUUCUAGAGCCAUUAUUUAAGACAUUAAAGAGAUUGAAGUGAAUUAGAAUGUGUUUUACUUAGGUGUUAAAAACAUUGAAAUGGUAAGAUUUUAUUUUCAGUGAAACAGUUUACUUUUUAAUUGCAUUUUAAAGAUUUUCAUAUGGUCAAGAAACCAGUUCUCUGUGUUUUGAACAGCAGUCCCUCUAGCUGCAUUUUCUCCUCUCUAUUAUGUGUUUGGGCUUUUUGCCUCUUUCAGUUUAUAAAAAUCAACUCUUGUUAUAUAAGCAGGCCCUGCUGGCCUGAGGAGUGAUCCAGACAAAAACAACCAUCACAUGGAUUCCUUCAGAAAGCAGAUAACAGCAAGAAUACAGCAUUAUUUAUUUUACAGAAUUAUUACAAGCUCCACAUUUCUAAAUAUUUCUAGAAGACAGCAGCGAACUUCACAAUUGAUUAUGAUUUUUCUGCUUAAUGUCUGGGUAUUGUAUUUUUACAUCAAUCUGUGUCUUUUAAGGCUGCAGAUCCAACUCUUCUGUGACUGGAGAAGUUUCUGUUUUCCAACUCCCAUAGGAAGGACAAGAAAUAGCAUCUUGUUCUGACAAAACAAGAGUGGAGGAGACAGCCUGACCUAAACUGGUGUUUGUUUCCAAGUGGUAUUUUAUGGAAAUUAUGUAUCUAAUUUGCACCCUGACUAAUUGUCAGGCAACAGAAAGUUUAACAUUCCCCCAGAGGUUUAUUUAUGCUUGUGCAUACCUGGUAACAGGUGUUUUAUCCAUUGGUUUCUCUACUUUACUCCCCAGAUUGCCCCUGCCUUUGGACAAAGCCUGGUGGGAGAUAAAGGCUUCCCACAGCCCUGGGAGUCUGGACUCUGCUGAGUCAAUCCAUUUAGUGAGACAGUUAUUAUUGUCUUACUGAAUAUUGGCCUGUUAAUCCUGAGGACAUCAGAGGCAACCCCUGCCAAACCUGACUGCCACAGCUUUGGAGUUGUCUUUGCCAAGGAUUUUGCUUUCUGUCAAAACUUGCAUGACAAAAAAAAAAGGAAAGAAAAAAAAGAAAAAUCACAUUCCAAGCCCAGAAUACCCUGUGGGGGUCAGAAGAGCUUUGCCACGAGAUGUGGUGUGAUAACUGAUCUGAUAUGUACAAGAUUUAUUAGAUCUCAGUAAUCUGUUUGAGACAGGCUAUUAAUCUUUGAUAUUUUACUACACCUAGAGCACAACCUUCCAGACACAGUGGCUCCUCCUACAGCCAGAGAUGUCAAAUGUAUGCUAAUUAUUCAUGUGUACUUACAUUCCUUGUUAGAUAUAUUGCUUCUACACGUCAGAGUCUGUGCCUCAAAGGCUCAAACAGUAAAGCACAAACAUUCCAUUCUGGAAAGCUCUGUCAGUUAUGCCUUGGAAUUGGUAAUACUGGUCCUUCCUUUAACUUCUUUUCAUUUGAUUCUGGAAUUUUCUUCCCUUUUCCCAUCAGUCUGAGCUCCCAUUAAGGAAAAUUCUGUGAUUCUGUAAGGAAAAUUCUUUAAAAUUCUUCAUGAUGUUUUUUUGCUAACAUCAUCUUCCCAACUUCCAUAGCAACCACCCUUCUGGAUUUUUAACUGUUUUUUUCCACCUGCCAUUUCAAAUCUCACAAACUCUCUGCUGUGCUAAAUGUCAUCUCCUGUUUAGAUGUCUCUGCAGUCAUUCCUGGAGCCACACACAUCUACAGUGAGAAGCAGCUGCUUGUGAGCUUCAUCACUGCAAUUAGCUCCAGGAAAUUAAAGUUCAGCUGCCACAUACCAGCCCUCCAAGGCUGAUUCCUUCUGCAUCACAUUGGCUCACCAAAGAGGAUGCAAAACACCACCUAGAAGAACUAGGGAAAGGAACAACAAAAAUGCAGUAGGAAGAACUCUUCAGCUUUUUUCCUUUCUCCUUUGCCUUUCAUGGAAGGAAAGGGGGGGAUUUAUUGGACUUUAUUUGAGAAAGGUAUCACAGAAGAUCAAUUAUCAAUCACUGACUGAACUGUCCAUCCAUUUAUCUGUAGGGAGGCAAAAAAUCUGUCAAGUGCUGUUUAACUCCAGCACUGACACUGCUGGGGAAGAUCCUGAGCAGAGGAUCAAAGUGUAAUCUAGGGCUGAAUCACAAUGUAUUCCAUGUAAUUCAUGACCAAGCUUUCUUCUCCCACCCUUCCCUAUAAAACUGGUGCUUAUGGACGAAUGUCACAUUUAUAUUUUCUGGAAAAAUCCCUUUGCCCAGGAUUUUUCUCCUAGGAAGCUGAGAGGCCUCAGACAAAAAGGAAAACAAUUCUUAUCUCAUUUGGUUCUCCUGUGUUUUGCUGCUUUGGAAUGUGGUUUGAGAUUGUUUAUCCACAGGUGGUUGUUUUAUUGGACUCAUUUCAUUGUGAGUUCUUUUGUCUCUUUGGCCAAUCAGGGCCAAGCUGUGUCAGACUCUGGAGAGAGUCACAAGUUUUCAUUAUUAUCUUUUUAGCCUUCUCUAAGUAUCCUUUCCGUAUUCUUUAGUAUAGUAUAGUUUAGUAUUCUUUAAUAUAACAUAGUAUUAUAAAAUAAUAAAUUAGCCUUCUGAGAACAUGGAGUCAGAUUCAUCAUUCCUUCCUGCCACGAGGGUCCCUGCAAAUACAACAGACUGAUCUGGUGCUAUAUGGACUAAUCCAGAGUUUUACUUCUCACAGACUUGGGAGGUAAGAAAUAAACUGGUUUCAACAAGAAAAGCACAAAGCAACAAAGGUCAGAGAGGCACUGAACACACAUCUGCCCGUGGUGUCUGUAAGCAGCCAGGCUGUUAACUGUGCACAGCUGCACACAAUUUGCAGGCACUCUCAGGAGGAUCUGAGCCAAGUGAAAGAUCCCUGAGAGCUGUGAGCAGUGCUAGGAGGGUGUCUGGGCUUAACCCCCACAUUUCCACAUUCCACCAUGGUGCCAUCCAGUCUUCCUCCCUUUUACAAAAUUGCAGAAAGUGGAAAGGCAGCGGGAAGAGCCCCUGAAGCCUGAGAGCAGAGCUGUAGAACUCAGCUUA